AUGUCGCCGGAUGCGGGUCGCGUGGAAAAGCGGUCGCGGAUUGGCGUGUGGUACAAUGCCAACCUGCUGGCUCGAAUGGACUUGAGGUGGAUACGCACGAAGGGCGGCGCGGACUUCCCCAGGGAUACCAAGGCCUGGGUGGGCAAGGGGGGCCACAUCGAGCUCGUGAGAGGCCGGACAGAGGUCAUCUACAGGGAGGGGGAGUGCACGUGGGCGGUGCAGUUGGAUGGGGAUAAGAAAGUGUUCAGGGCAGACUCCCCCGAGCGUGCGGCUCAGUGGGUGGCAGCUCUCCGGUGGCGUGUGUGCCCAUGGAUUCAACUGCUGAGGGGCCAGGGGCCUGAACGCCAGGAUCGGCUUGGCACCUGGCAGGGACAUGACCAGUCAAGCUGGCCUCUUCGCACGGCGCAUUUGCAAGUGGCCCAGUCUGCAGUGGGCGUCAUGGACAUUGCAGCAAGGCUCACAGGGGAGGUAUUGGGUGCAUUGCCUGUCGUGGGGCCUGUUUUUUCGGCACUGGGCUUCGCCCUGGAGGUGGCGGCCAGAAUCAAGGGGGACAUUGAUGGCCUAUGCCCAGCACAAUCUGGGCUUUCACGAGUCGCAAGGCGAACCAUGGAAACAUUGCAGGGAGGCUUGGAGCGCCAGCUGGAGGGUCGCCUUGGGGAGCUCUCAGAGCUGAUGGGGGUGAUCGAAGAGGGCGCUCGACAGCUUGAGGGCUUUGAGUUUCAGUCAAAUGUGCGGAUGAUGGUGCAUGGAAUAUUCAAGGGCAAGCCAGGCCCAGCAACAGUUGCAGAAUUGGUCUCAUACUGCGAGUCACGCCUGGAAUCCUACGAGGUCCAUGACACGAAUAAGGUGGCUCACAAUACAGACAAGAAGAUGGAUGCCAUGCCAAAGCAAGUGGCAGCGGCAGUUGAGUCAGCAAUGCGAAAGGAGGGCGGUACGGGUGGUGCAUCAUGUUACAUUCCUAUUCGCCCAGCCGCCAUUGGACUUGAGGAACAAGCCUCUGCCAUCAAAAAGCUGAUUCUCAGCGACAAUACCAAGUACAUUGCUUUGGUUGGGAUGGGUGGCGUGGGCAAGACCACCCUGGCAAGAUUUGUCUUGAAUGAUCCAGAUGUGCAGAACCGAUUCCGGAAAAAUGAACAAACCAAAUGUCUUGGCUUGGCGUUUGUGAUAGUUUCGCAGAACCCGGUGCUCUUGGACUGCCUGAAGCGAAUUUGGGAGGCCCUACUGGGAGGUAAAGUGGAUUUUGCUAGUGUCGAGGAUGGAAAGCUGCGGCUGGAAGCUGCAUUGCAAGACAAAUCAUUUUGUCUUGUUUUGGAUGACACCUGGGAUGAAGCUGACAUGGUCCGUCUCGAUGUUGCAUCGCCAAAUAGCCGGGUGCUCAUCACAUCACGAAAUGACAAGGUUGCACGUAUUGUGGGAGCGAAGUGCCAUGAUGUGACACCUUUGAAUGCGGCACAAUCAUAUCAGCUGUUUUGCAAGCACGCCUUUGAUGGCAACAUGCCCAAAAAAUGGCAAGAGAAGCAUGUACAAGAGAUCAUCGAAAAGUGUGCAGGCCUUCCCCUCACAUUGGAGAUUAUGGGAAAGUUGGCCAAAAGUUUCGAAGAGCGAGGACAGUGGCACAAUGCUGUGCAGGAUUUGAUGGCAAGCUCAAUGGUCAAGAAGAGUGUGUUUGAACAUGUCUUUGAGCUGAGUUUCAACAGUGUGGAUUCUGUCCAUCAGGGGGUGCUGUUGGACUUGGCAAUGCUACCUGAGGAUCACCGUGCCCGGGCCACGGAUGUGGCAGAAUUAGAGAUGUGCAACGAAUCGUAUGGUGGUGAACAAACAGCACGUCAGGUGCUGAGGAACCUGGAGGAAAAGGCGCUGAUCAAAAAGGAAGGAAAAGAUACUUUCGGUGUGCCAGAAUUUCAGCCCUCUUGCGAUCGGUUUGGUAACUUGCGUGGUUUGCGGUACUACUUGCAUGAUGUGGUCCGUGAAGGUGCUCUCAGGCUCAUUGCUAACACACCGGUGUUGCAUCGAGAGAGGUUCGUGUCAUCACAGUUGAAAGACAUCACUUGCAGGCGUGUGGCAUUGAUGGCAACCAGGUUUUCUGCCAGUCAAAGGAUGGGGACGGACCAACAGAGGGUUCUGCGUGAUCUAGAUAUGCCAGAACUUCAGGCUCUUGUGCUGCGAGAUGCAGGAGUGCCAGGGCUCCCUCCUUCCAUUCUGACUGCCCAGUUGUUGGCAAUUGACCUGACGUCCUCAGGCAUCACCGAGCUGCCAUCACAACUGUCAUGUCUUCAAUCGCUGCAGCUGCUCAGACUGGAUGAUUGUGAGGGGCUGACAUGUCUACCAAGUGAAGUGGGUGCGAUGGUGGAGCUCAGGGUGCUGUCCAUGAGGGGCUGCAGGGGCAUCUAUGAAGUUCCCAAGGCUAUGGGAAACCUGACCAAGUUGUCCAAGCUUCUGAUGCCAGAAUGUGGAAUCGCCCAUUUCUACUUUCCUGAUGUGAAGAAAUGGCACAAUUUGACCAUGUUGGACUUGAGUGGUUGUGUGGGUCUGAAGCAGUUGCCCCAAAAUUUUGGAGAUUUGACGUCUUUGGCCGAACUGAACUUGGGUGGUUGUUGGCAGCUCACAUUCCUGCCAAGCAGUAUUGGUCGAUUGUUGCGCCUGCGAGUGCUGAUUUUGCACAACUGUCGCAGUCUGACAGAAUUGCCUGACAGCACAACAAACCUUGCUGAGUUGGAGGAGUUGGAUUUGCAGCAGUGCAAGCAGUUGGCAGACCUUCCUAGUGCCAUUGGUUCCUGCUGCUCAAAGUUGAGGAUAUUGAGACUUCAAGGGAUUGAUGGCAUGGCAUUCCCACAGUUUGCAGACAGCCUGGAGUACCUUGAUGUAUUGGGUAUUCCAACAGGAUGUGAAGUGCCUGAGGGCUCCAGACAGCAUUUUGAAGAGCUUGAGAUAUCACUGGAACAAGGCGAAGCUGACGAAGAGCGAGGGGAACGCCAGUUGUGCGGUCACACCGUCAUAUACAGCACUCCCUUGCACUGGGCAGCUGCACUUGGCAUGGACAAGAUGGUUGCCUUUCAUUUGAGAGAAGUGGAUGUGGAUUUUGGGGACGAG